AUGAAGCAUACUCCAGACCCGCGUGGGAAACAGCCUCCAAGCUACCUUUGCCCGCAUUUUGAAAACUUCCCAAACUUCUGGAGCAUCCAGAACUUCUGCCCAACUCCCCCCCUUCAGGUCGGCCUUGAACCAAAAGUCAAAACUCCUACAACCCUUACACCUCGCCCCUCGCCACCCUUACAACUCGGUAACCUUACAUCUUGCUACCCUUACAACUCCCUACCCUUUGCUCGCACCCUUACACCUUUCCACCCUUACAACUUGCUACCCAUCGCUCGCACCCUUACACCUUGCCUCCCUUACAACUCGCUAGCCAUUGCUCGCACCCACCUCGCUCGCAUCCUUACACCUCACACCCCCCCCCCUGCCCCCUGCAAGCGCAGCCUCAAACCAAAGUCCAAAGUCCCUACAUACACUUCGUGGCCCUACACCUUGCUACUACCUUACACCUCUCUCCAGCAAUCUCUCACCUCGCUGCUUUCUUUGAUCCUCACUACCUGUGCACACCAAGACACUUACACUUCACCACACUGA